GGGCAUAGCAAUCGUCUAGGGUGGUACUUUUCUCUCGCUGCUCCGGUAUUUAAGGAGGUGAAAAAGCACUUGGCUUUACGCAAUUAAAUGGCCGCAUCUGCAAGCUCUCGUCUCUUGUUCGGGGAUCGCGUACCAGGGAUAACUGACGUACAUGGACGUCCCGCCGUCAGAUCUGGCACCGGAGGGUGGAGAUCAUCCCUAUUCAUCAUCGGGGUAGAGGUUGCAGAGAGGCUGGCCUACUAUGGGGCUUCAUCGAAUCUCAUAACGUAUCUGACAGAUUACUUGAACCAGAACACUGCCACAGCGGCAAAGAAUGUUAAUAUUUGGUCGGGGGUGGCUUCUCUCCUUCCUUUGCUUGGUGCUUUCGUUGCAGAUUCGUAUUUGGGGCGAUACCGGACCAUCAUCAUCUCGUCUCUUAUCUAUCUCCUUGGCUUGAUUCUUUUGACUCUAUCUGCGGCCGUCCCGUCCCUCCAGCCCAACGGCUGCUACAAAACUGAACCCAGAGCUCUCGCAAAAUGCCAUGGAUCAUCAACAUUCCAAGUCGCCUUCUUCUUCUUCUCUCUCUACCUCAUCGCCCUUGGCCAGGGAGGCCACAAGCCCUGUGUCCAGUCCUUCGGAGCCGACCAAUUCAACGAGGACGACCCCACGGAGAGGCGUGGUAAGGCGUCCUUCUUCAACUGGUGGUACAUGGGCAUAUGCGGCGGCUCUCUGUUGGCCGUAUCAGUGGUGAUGUACGUGCAAGACAACAUGGGAUGGGGAUUAGGGUUUGGAAUCCCUGCUGUGGCCAUGGCCAUGGGGCUUGGGGCGUUCCUAUGGGGACGGACGAGUUACAGAUUGAGCGUGCCUGGGGGAAGCCCCUUCAUAAAGAUAGUUCAAGUUAUUGUGGCGGCCGCACGCAAAAGAAACGUGCCAUGGCCGCAAUCGGUGAAAUGGGAGGAAGAUGAGGAGGACGAAGAGAAGUUGCUUCUUUGGAGUUCAGAAGUUUAUGAGUUAAGGACCAAUAGAACACUGCCACACACUAAGCAGUUCAGGUGGCUGGACAAGGCAGCCAUUCGCGAUAUUGUUUUAGGCAAAGAGAAAGAUUGGUCCAUGCCCAAUAGAUGGAGGGUAUGCACAGUGACACAAGUGGAAGAGGUGAAGCUUCUUCUGAGGCUAGUUCCCAUCUGGACUUGCUGCCUUCUAUAUGCAGUGGUGUUCGCCCAACCCCUCACCUUCUUCACCAAGCAAGGCACCAUGAUGGACCGACGCGUUGGUUCGAGGGGAUUUGAGAUACCCCCUGCAGCAAUGCAAACCUUCACAAGCAUCUCUUCUGUUUCAUUUGUCCCCAUUUAUGACCUCGUGAUUGUCCCUAUAGCCCGCAAGCUUAGCAGCAAGGAUAGUGGAAAAGGCAUUACCAUGUUACAAAGGAUUGGGAUAGGGAUCUCCCUGUCAAUUCUUACCAUGGUUGUGGCCGCGCUUGUCGAGUCCAAGAGGCUAGAGAUUGCCAGAGAGCUCGGGCUCAUUGAUGUUCCGGGUGCUGUAGUGCCCAUGAGCUGCUUGUGGUUAAUUCCUCAAUACAUGUUGUUUGGUGUGUCAGAGGUAUUCACGAUUGUGGGGUUGCAAGAGUUCUUCUAUGACCAAAUGCCUGAUGCAUUGCGAAGUUUAGGGGCAGCCCUUUACCUAAGUGUGAUCGGGAUCGGGAGUUUAUUGAGCAGCAUUUUGAUCAGUCUUAUUGAAAGGGCAAGCAUUGCUGGUGGGGAGAGUUGGUUCUCCGACAACCUCAACAGGGCACACCUUGACUACUUCUACUGGCUCCUCGCCCUCCUCACCACAUUUAGUCUUUGUUUGUUUGUCUUCUUUGCGAACCACCAUAUCUACAAGCGGGUCAAUCCUUCAAUAUGAACCUGUAAAAGAGAAGGAGCAUGCAGUUGCUACUGCAACUGCAAGUACCAUGCUUGUCAUCUGCUGGUUGCUACUCUUAACUCUAAGAAGGGGAGGGAUCUACUUCAACAAUCAUAAGGGCCAACCAAAGUUGGCAUCAGUCUCUUGUAAAUGUUUGCAAGUAUGAUUUAUGUGAAGGUUAUUAUUGUUUCCCUAUUUAUACACAACAUGGGGUUGAAUGAUUUGCAAAUAUUUGUAUUA